UGACAGUGAAGAUAACAGAUGUCACGACAAAGGCCACAUAAUGUCAUCACGUCCUGUCUCAGGUCAAGGUUCAUUCACAUGGUCAUUGUGUAGCACGCAGUACUUGCAGCACUUCUUAAAUUCUUCAAAAUCAUCCUGCUUACAAAAGAGUCCAUCAACAGUCUACAUGAACGGCAGAAGUAAUGAUAAACCAGGCCAAGUCUACGACGCUAAUAGCCAAUGCAAGCUAGCGUUUAAUGAUAGUCUCAAUGAAUGCCCCGGUAAAUUGGCCGAGUGUAAGAUGCUGUGGUGCUUACGACCACUGUUCAGUGAUGGUAAGGCUCGGUUACGAUGUACCUCAAAUCUCAUACCAAAGAUGGACGGCACAAAUUGUGGUGAAGGAAAGUGGUGUGAACACGGAGAGUGUGUAGACAGAUAUGCCGACACACGGUCAUUUAUCGUGCACAACAAAACUAGGAACCGAAUUUCCACGGUAAAAUGUUUUGGAAUCAGUUGCCUUGGCAAGACAAACUCCAAUGAUUUUAGUGAUGAUAAUACCAUUUUCGAAGACCCCGUGCGAUUUAAAUCUCCCAACUUUCCAGACGACUAUCCUAAGGAUACCGACCAAUCUUACAUCAUAAAAGCACCACGUGAUCACGUGGUUGAUAUUGAAUUUUACGUAUUUCAUCUUGAACAACACAGCUUGUGCUUAUAUGAUUAUUUACAGAUUUUCGACGUUAGUUCAGAAGAAUAUAGCAUUUUUUGUGGUCUUCUUUUAACACCAUUUCACAUGACGUCACAAGGAAGCGUUCUAAGGCUGGAAUUUCACAGUGACACUAACGUUCAAAAACCCGGAUUUUUGGCUAAAAUUAUUUUCCUUCCUUCGUUUGUAAUGAACAAUAGUUAAAUAUCGACACAAUCCCAAUUAAUGAUUCGAUGAGGCAGCAGUAACCAGAUCGUUGGACAUUGCAUUUUAUAGUUGAUGAGCAGAUGGUGGGAACAUCUGGUGAGAGCCACAAGACAGAACAGAAUCAGAAAUGGGAUUUCAGAAACGCAAAACGGGUGGCAG